AGAAGGUCACCAGACCCUUAGUUACAAGAUUUUUUUAAGGAGUUGUUGACCAAUAAAACGCUGCCAAUAGGAUAUUUAUGCCAAGAAUAUUUGUUUUUUGAUUUAAUCUUUAACUAUUUUGUCUUAUGGAUCCAUGCUACAGUGUGAGUUUUCUAAGCCAACCAUGUUAUAACACACAAAGCUACAGUACUGUAUUAUAAACUCCUUGUUUACUUCUGUAACUACUUUUAAUUUUUCAUAUAUCUGAAACUUUAAAACUCUAAACUUCCUCUACUUAGCUUAACAUUCUCUGCUUUAAACUGUAAAUCCACAUUCUCCCUUCUAGCACCUCAGUUUGGGAGCCUUUUCCAAGGUCAAAUCAAAGCCUGGGUUUAAUUCUAAGCUUUGGCUUACAGGCCCAAAGUUCUGAGAGUUCCUUGCAUUUCAGAUUCAUGCAUUUAAGUUAAAAGCAUAAAGAUCCUUGUUAGCAGUGUUUUAGUAGUCAAUAACUCCUUUAAAAGUCUUGUAACCUUCAAACCAUACAGUAAAGAUGUAAGCCAAACUCACCCUUCCUAUCUGUGCAAAAGGUAAGAAAAAUAAACCACAUCAUCAAAACCAAUUCAGAAGUCCUGUCUCAAAUUCUGUGGGAAUUGAAAAAACAGAAACUUCUAUGAGCACUGAAGGAUUUGAUUUGUAUCUUUGAAAGAAGCUUGGAUUGGUGUAAAAAUAUAAUAUACAGAUGUUAAGUAGAAAAAUCAUAAACUUAUGUUUCUGUAGUUGUAAGAAAGAGAAUUUGCUUUAAAUAAGUGAGAAAUUGUAUUGAUAAGAUGGUGAAGGGGUUUAUACUGUAGUGGUUGUAUGGAGUGAGCUGUGAGUUUAGAAGUUAUAAUAGAAAUAUAUUUAUGCAUGUGAGACAAAAGCCCAUUGGACAAAAGCAUCCACAGGGCAGGAGAAAUGAGUAAAGGUGAUGGGUCAGAAAAGCAAAAUAAACCCUAUAGCAGCUGUCUAUUAGUUUAGAAAGUUCUAUAUUGUCUUGUAACAAAGAAAUUAUGACUACUCUGAGCUAUGGCCAACUGCUUGCUCCUCUAAAAUCUCACAGCCUCUGAGACUGAUGUUUAUCUGAACAAUAAAGCAUUCUUAGCCUGAAAAUAGCCCCAUCCCUUCAUUAAAAGCAACAACAAUGAUAAAAUGCCUUCCAAAAUUCCCCAUGAGUGAGUUCUCACCCCUUCCCUGGCAGGAUGGAUUUCCGUGUCUGGCUUUGGGAUAGGGAUGGCUGGGCUGGGGGAGCUAGAAAUGAAUUUUGUGUACAAAUACAGCUUUGACAGACCUGGUAACUGCUUUUUUUUGGGUUUUUUAUUGCUUUUAACAGGAGAAGUUGUUCCUUAGGAGCCUUGAUCCCAGCCUGCACGCAAUGCUGCUCGCUCCAGAGGAGAGAACCUGGGUGCUGAUGACAGGGACAUGGUCCAAGUGCCACCCCUGGGCAGUGCCAGCCGCAGAGGGGAUGUGUUUGCCUGGCACAGGUGCAUUCCCAGUCUCAUAGAGCUCUGAAGGUGCCACACCAACACCUAAAAUGUGAAACCUGUGGAGAAUCCCUAUUGCUGUGCAGAGGCAAACCAUGGACACCCAGUUGUUCUCCCCAUUCCUGGGAGCAGUCCCCAGUCCCCCCACGCCCCCAGAGCCCUCCCAGCUGUGCAGGGACUGGCUGGGGUGUGCUGAGGAUUUUGGAUCCCAAAAUGCCUUCCAGGAGUGCCCAAAAAAAAGGGCACCAAUAAAUCUUCCUUACUCUGGCAAUGGCCCUGAUGUGUUUGGGCUGGUGUCGAGCAUUUUAGAGGAGCCAAACAAGCCAGAGCCAGCUACAGAUUGGAAUUCUCUGUCCAGUUUGUUCCCCGCUGCGUGGGCACCUGAUCUGGGCAGCAGUGGGGAGUUCCCAGGGCUGCCGGCUCAGCACUGGCUCCAACCCAAGGAUUUUCCCACCCUGCUGGGCUCCAGCUGCCACCAGGAACCCCUGCAGGAGCCUCCUGAGGUGGAGAUGCUGCACAGAGGUUUGGGGGACCUUCAGCUCCUCGAGUCUUGGCUCUCUCCCUGUGCUCAUGCCAGCAGUGCCCUGAAGAACCCUGAAAAUUCCUCCUUGCAGAACAGCACCACAGCUCCCCAGGAAGGGUUUUCCUUCCCAAAUGGGGGCUGGAACCAGCAUGAUGACCACAGGAGGUUAAAUGGAGAUUAUGAAAAAUGUGGGUCCAGUUUUAGCCCUUUUUCUGCUUGGAGCAGGAUGAAAGAAAACCCCAGCACUCAGAAGGAGCUUUGGAAAAGAGGAAAAGCACUGAAAAAUAAUGCUCAAGGACAAACUAAGUAUUCCCCUGAUCUUUCCAGUCAGCCUGGUGAUAACUCUUGGGAUAAAGUACCCCAGGACAGCCACCUGUUCUCUAAGAGAUAUGAGAACUUCCCAGCUGCUCACAAACUGCAGUCACCUGUCCAUCCAUCCCUUCAUUUUUUCAACCCACUCCCUAAGGAAAAUCCAUUUUCUGGAGAAACAGGCAGGAAACCCCAGGAAAGCCAUGUGCAGAAUGGCUGUUGUGGCUUUAUUGUGGGGGAUGCUUUUAAUAAUGAUGAGUGUAAAGUGAAUAUGGGCCCUAAGGAAAGCUCUCCUCAAGCAGCUGAAUAUGAUUUAUCUGUGAAAAACACUGUGCAAAAUGGGAAUUACUCCUCAUACCAGGGGUGUGCAUGGCUGGAUGGGAACAGUCUGGCAGCUGCUGCAUCUGAAAUUCCAUAUGGAAAACAAAUGGCAACGAGCCCCCAGUCCUCAUCAGGGGUUUCCACCAUGUCUGGGGGCUCUCCCACCCACCAGCCUUUCACACAGCCCUCCUUCUACUCCCACCUCCUUCCCACCCUCCCUCCCAGGAAAGAUGGGAGGUUACAGACAUCAAAUGGAGUUUCCAGUCACCUGGGGGUUCCUCAUUUCAUCUCAGAGAGCCAGAAGCAGAUGAGACCCAUUGGAAGGUCCCAGGAGGGUGCUGGGGUGAACAAGGACGGGCGGCGCCGCAAAUUCCCCGUUGGAUUUUCACCCGACUGGCUUGGGCAGCAGAAGGCUGCAGGUGAAGACCGUGCUGAGAAAUACCACAGGUUCCCAAAGAGGCAGAGCCAGGAAAGUGGCAGUAAAGAUGACAGAAGAGGCAGAAGGCAUUGGAUCCCUCAUUUGGGAUCUACAGCCCCAAACCACCAGACCUUGCACGUGUUCCCGAAGAAGCACGAGCGGAGCGGUGGCAGCUUGUCAGAUUUCAUCAACCCAUCUCUGCUUCCUUCCUUCCCAUUCAUGUCUGAUUUUAAACAAAAUCCCAGCUUCCCUCCAUUUAAUCACCAACUGUUUCCACCAGCAAACGCUUUCGGUUUCCCUCCGCCGCCGUUUCCAUUCUCGGACCUCGUUGAUCUUUUUCACUGCGACGACUUCAACCCCUUGAGUCCCUUCAUGAGUGAUCUCUUCCCUGGGGAAAUCCCUGCCCCCUGCUUUGCCUUCCCAGCCCCAUUUAACAAGUUCAGGCCUCCCAGGAGCCGCAGGGGCCCCGCUAACGAGCUCCACAUCCGCCUGGAGGAGUGCCACGAGCAGUGGAGAGCUCUGGAGAAGGAGAGGAAGAAGGCUGAGGCUGACCUUGCAAGGCACUUCCCAGGGCAGUCUAUCUCCAGUCCCAGCCCUGUGCCACGGCUCCCUGUGAAUCCAUCCCGCGUGGAUCGCCUGCUCACUGACCAGGCCCGCCAGCGCACCCAGGUGCUCGCACUGAUAGGAAGAAUGGAGAGGCUUUGUGGUGCUCCCCUGCACAGGAACAUCUCCAGGACCUUGGAGCUGCACCUGGAAGCCAUUCAGGUGACCCAGGCACGUCGGAAGGAUGAGAUGGGGAAUGCUGCAAACCCCCGGAGUCACAGGGGGCCACGCUGCAACAAUGAGAAAGAUGUGCUGGCCCUGGCAGCUGCCCUGCGAGCCCUGGCUGGAGCCACGCGCGCAACUCGCACCGCGCUCUGGUGCGCGCUGCAGCUGGCCCUGCCCAAAGCCCCUCCUGCUGGACCUGGAAACCAACAACUCCUCCUGCCAGAGCUUCGUCCUUCAAGCACGAGCAGCCAGGAGAAAAGCAGCCUGGAGCAGGAAAGCAGAGGAAGUGGAAAAGCUGAGGAAGAGAGGAAGAUUUUGGAAUAAUCGCCGAUAAUAAAUGGAAAGCCGAGGAUGGGGAGGGAAGGGCUCAGGUCCUGCCCAGCACCGCCAGAGGUGGAUUUCACUGGAUGUCAGGAAGGGGUUAAGUUAAAAAAAAAGGGUUAAUUAAGGUGCCUGGUCAAUGCUGCAGUUGUGGUGCUGUGGUUCUGGUGUGGAGACACAGUUUGUGGUGGUAUUGAUGCAGUUGAAUAUUGCAGGUGUCUGCUGCUGAUAAAUUUUCAUUUUAGGGAAGCUGAACAAGAGCUGAGCUUUCCUCCUGUGCUUACCCAAAGCUCUGAGCCCAGCCAGGACCUGAGCAACCAGAAUCUGGAAAAACUCAAUUCUCUUUUUUUUUUUUU